AUGCCGCCUGGCAACGAGUAUGCCGCCGAGCAGCUCAAAGCUCAGGGAAACGCUUGUUUUAAGAAUGGCGACUAUGAAGGCGCUGAAGGGUACUAUUCCCAGGCUAUUCAGAAGAACUCGAGUAACCCACUACUAUUUACCAAUCGCGCUAUGGCGCGGAAUAAAUUGGAGAAGUGGGAGGGUGUGAUAGAUGACUGCAUACGGAGUAUCGAGCAGCUGCCGGAGAACAUGAAGGCGUUCCACUUGCUGUCGCAAGCCCAGCUCGCUGUGAAUCACCCCAACGAAGCCCUCUCGAGUGCUCUCAAAGCGUACGAGUACUGCACGAAAUCCACACAACAGACCACCUUCUCGAACGCCGCUCUUAUAUCACAACAUGUCCUAAAGUGCAAGAAGCGCAAAUGGGAAAUCCGCGAACGCGAGCGAAUACGGCGGCGAGGCGACCUCCUCUCCGACCUCGAAGAAAUGCUCGAGCGAGACCACAAAAAAGACCUCGACGACGUCGAUGCACGCAUGGAAUCCGGCUCAACAAGUCGCACAGAAGGGCACGAAGAGAAAGAAGAGCGCCGCCUCGAAUUCGAAAAGAAACGCGACGACCUCCGCACUGCGUUCGCCAUCUCUGAUCCGGAUCACCAGCAGAAGCGCGAAGUGCCGGAUUACCUUGUUGAUGGGAUUACCUUUGAGAUCAUGCAUGAUCCGGUUGUGACGAAUAACGGGAGGAGUUAUGAGCGGGCGACGUUGAUUGAGCACUUGAAGCGCAGUCCGACGGAUCCGUUGACGAGGGAGCCGCUGAAGAUUAGUGAGCUCAGGCCGAAUUUGGCGCUCAAGGAGGCAUGUCAGGAGUUUAUCGAGAGCAACAGUGGGUGGAUAUAUGACUGUGAGGACGGUGAAGUAGACUCAGACAGUCGUUGGGCCCAUCUCUCGCAUGUCUAAGGUUGAAAGGGAAGCGAUCCUAUUUGCAUCAUCAGGAGUCCGGGAACUUUGUGUCAGUGUUUACGAUGCAUCUGAGCGCUUGUCGAAUGACCCAUCUUUUGGCCAUAUUGCUAUAUACCCUCGCAAAGCUCAUCGCUGAUUUCCAGUUUCUCAGAACAUUGCUGAACGGUUUUUCCCUUGCUGACACGGUGUAGGCUAAACGCAACCUUGGAACUGCAAAUGCGGGUUUUGAUCCUUC